AUCUCUGUCGUUUAGCAUAAUGCUUGAUACAUUGAUAUCAAGAGUAAAAGAAGAGAUUGGGAUUGAUGGAGAAUCUGGUUCCAACAUCACAACCGUAUGGAGUUAUGUCGAAUCGGUUUCCAAAGAAAUAGCAGCAGAGUCCAAAGUAUCAAUAACGCCGUUAGUGGACGAGAAAUACAAAGCAUUUCUCUGGAAAUAUCUUGUCGUUGAACCUGAUUUGGAAUUUUAUGAAAAGAAAUUGUCAAAUGAAGAAGAGUCUUCUAUGGUAACACAGCCUCAGGAGAGCGCAACUGUUGCUGAUACAUCUAUGGAGGAAACAGUGACAGCAGCACCAGCGGCUUCAGAACUCAAUGAUAAACCAGAAGAAUCAUCAAAACCUGUAGAGGAAGAUGCAUCUAGCAAGAAAAGAAAAGCACCACCUACUAAGAAGAAACCCGCACCUAAAAAAGCUAAAUCGAAACCAAAGAAAAAGCCAAAGCCUAAAAAGAAAGUCGCUGUAGGCGAUUCUGAUGAUGAUUUUGUUGCAGAUGAUGCUAGUAGUAGUAGCGAAUCUGAUUUUGACGAAUUAGAAGAGUCCAGUGAAGAAUCAGAUCAAGAAGAGCUUUUAUCAGACGAUGAUAACAGCAAAGAAAAAAACAAGAAGGUUUUUAAAAGUCAAAAAGACGACUUGAGGAAAUCCAACCCCAAGUUAGUCACAGCUAAAGAGAAGGAAACAGGAAAAUCAGAACUGCAAAAGAUCACCAAUAUUCAAAGUCUGAGUUACCAGCAAGUCAAUGAAAGAUAUGGCACUCGACUGUUUAUUGUAGGAUCACCGAAACUUCAAGAGGAACAACUUUAUAUGGGCAUUCCUCCUGGAACACAUCUUUCAGUCAAUUUGAUUACUGUCUUGAGAGAAAUCAUCAAGACUCGUAAAAAAGGUCUCUAUCAAGCCAGUGUCACCAAAACUUUGGAAAUUGACAGUCGAUCUACUGGUCAUUACUGUAAAACAUUGGAAGAAAAAGGCGCCAUUGUUCGUAGUGGCGUUUCUAUCAAUAGUAUGCAUACGAACGUAUGUAUUCAUAUUCGUUUCAAUGCUGAAAAAACAACAAUUGAUAUGAACACAGUGGGCGAUGACUCAGAGAUGAACGAAGUUCCGUACAAUGUGAAUGCACACGGCAAAGUCUAUUCGCAAAAGAUGGUAUUAGAUGCUUUUGUCGAGAUUGCUAAAGCUUCACCGAACCAUACAGUUAUUGCAAGAGAUGUUUUGCAUGCUUUGGCCUUUGAUUCUAGAAGAAAAUCAGUAAAGAAAUGGUUCAACCGAUCUAUUGAUGAAAUUUGCGUAAAAGGAUAUUUCAAGAAGCUAAAUGUACAAAACAGAGGCAAAGGUGGCUAUUUUAGAGCUCUUGAGAUGAUAAGAGAACCCAAAGGCGAACAAGCUAAUGAAUUCAGUACAAUGGCAGCUAAUGAACACAUUCAAUUCCCUAUCAAAAUUGAAAGCACACAAAGCGUUGUUCCUAUUAUCCAUAUGCUCUCUGAUCAAACACUAGAAUCACAAUGCUUUCAAGUGUUGCAGACAGCAGACAUCAAUGGCGCCACACAAAAAGAUAUCAGUUUUGCCUUAAAUAUGGAUGAACAUCGUAUUCUAGGCAAGUUGAUGGAGAAAAUGAUAGACGAAAAAACCAAAAAAGUGGGCCAAUACUCUGUUGUUCGAUUCUUAGAAUUUGAAGGCAGACUGAAGCGUUAUCGUUAUUAUACGCUAGCGGCGUAUAAGAAACUAACAGAAAACAUCGAUGUCCAGUUUGAGCCUUUGCCUGAUCCUGAAUUCGAUGAGUCCAAGUGUUAUGAACGCAACAUCUUUUUUGACGUGCCACACAACCCACAAGAGUUUAACAAAUAUCUUAAUUUUAUCAAGAAAAGCAAGUUGGAUGCCAACAUUUUGAGAAAACCACGAAAAAAUCCUAUCCAGAACAGACCAGUGGCUGCUUCCUCCAAUACAGAAGAACCAAGUGCUGUUGAACUUCCUAACCAAACUCCUUUGGCUGACAACCAGGAACCCAAUACAACAUCCUCAGUUGCUGCGAAUACUCCUGUUUCCAGCGCAGAUGAAGGUGUGUCUACACCUGCUCCUGCAAAGAAGCGUGGAAGAACAGCUCAAGUAUCGAAUACUACAGAAAAAGAAAAGUCCGCCAAGAAACCAAGAAAAGCAACUCGUCAAACAACUUUGAAAGGGCACACACAGUCUGAUUAUCUUCUAGAACCAACUACUUCUUCCCAACCAAAGCUGCCAAACUCUGCUGAAGCUUCAAUUGCUGCCAAUUUGUCGAAAGAAAGAACGAAUAUGGCUCAAGAGACUCAAGCAAGCCAAGUUGUUAGUGAUACUGGAAAAAUGCAGACGAACCAGACAGUUGAAGCUGAAGAAGCUCCCUUAAGAAUCACCAGAGGAAAGGCUAAAGAAAUAGCAUGUCAGAAAGAAAAUAACAAUGAGAUUCUUCCGGGCAUUCGAUACAAAGGUAAAACAAAAAAGACAACAACUCAAGCCAAAUCCUCUGCUAUAUCUAAAAGAACAACUGGAACUAUUCCCCAGCCUGAACCCCUUAUUCAGAAUGAGUCAGUUAAUGAAACUGAGACAGUAGUUCAACCAGAUUUUAGAGAACAAAACGAACAACCUAUUGAAAAUAGACAGACUAGUCAAAUUGAAGCACGUACUCAAGCAGAAGAAACUAUUCAAGCUGAAGAAAAUAUUCAGUCUGCACAAGCCAUUAAGCCUGAAAUCAAUGCUUUAAACGAAUCCAUUGUCCCACAGCCUCAAAAUAAGCCUGCACGAAAGAAAACACUCAUUGACUACUUUACAAGAACACCUAAGAAAAAUGCUGCAUCAAGCCGCUCUAUCUCUGUUGAAUCAGCUACUGAAGCCACUCCUUCUGGAGUUGUCACUGUUGAGGAGACAUCAGUAGCCGUUCAAGAAGCACUAGUAGCCAUUCAGGAAGUUAGAGAUAAUAUUGAAAGCUCUUUGCAAACUGAAGCUAUUCAAGCCGAAAAAGAAAGCACUGAAGCUAUGGAGAUUUGUGAGCCUUUACUCAAUGAGUGUAUUGAUUCAAGCGAAUCUGCUGUACUUACAUCGACUUCAGAAGUAGUUGCUGUUGAAGAAACUUCUACAAACGAAUUGUCUGCAGAGAUGCCUUCUACAGAAAGCCCUUCUACAAAAGAGUCAUUCACAAACGAGUCCAUUGCGCAAGGACUUCCCAAAGAUUUGUGUUCUCAAGUCUGUCGGUCAUAUUUCCGUGCCCGCCCUUCGAAACCAAAAAAAGUUGUUAACGGUGUUCUUCAGUACAGUCAUUCAUUAUCCCAUCAACUAAACAGAUACCUUGAGAGCCGUAUUCAAGUUAUUGCUGCCAUGUUAGAAAGUAAACCCAUCAUGGAAGUCAACAAAGACUUUCGCACUGAAUAUUUGAGACGUGCAAAGGAAUUGAACAUGACCACCAAGGGCACUGUCUGUAACAAAACUUUAUGGAGAACAGCUCAGGAAAUGGAAGCGCGCGGUAUGGCCAAAACAAAUAUAGUUGCAUGUCCAUUACUGACGGGUGCUACCUUGGACAGAAAGACCAUUGCUCGAGGUGAUGUAGAUCUGGAAGGUGAACAGUAUCAACGCUUUGUUGAUUUCCUCAAGGAUAGUAAGGCGCUUAAUACAAAUGCGUAUGAUGCCAAAAGGUUCGAGGUUAUUGAAGCGCCUGUUGAGCCAUUGCAUACACGUCUGGGUCAUAUGCAAGAACAGCUCAAAAAUCUUAACAAAGACAGUGCUAAAGCGAAGGCGUUACAGGAACGCAUUACGGAAUUAUCUAAAAACUUGGAUCAAUUCUCACGACCUGCGCGAGAAUCUCAACACAAUCUCUGGAUGGUUAUUGCCAUGGAAUACGGUUGGAUUAAUGCCAUUAUGCUUCGAUCUAAAGUGAUUCAUGAACUGAUGGUUCGCUUACUUGAAAAAGAUAUUCCUGGUGUUUGUAAAGAAGAUCGCACUAUAGAUUCUACCACAUUGAUCAAGAAUAUGUCUAUCACUAUUCUUUGUCAGACUAUCGGUUUAUAUUCACCUUCUCAGAGACUUAUUGAUUACAUUUCAGAUCCAGAUAAUGUCGACCAUGUCUUUUCACAGAUUCCACUUGAUAUCAAACAGGAGUUUUUCAGUGACCAGAACAAGUUUCGAAGAAGAAUGCGCUCACUUUUCCAAAUGUUAAUGUAUCUUGGUUUAAUUACGCCUGUCUUUAGAGGAUACGUGAAACCAGAAGACCAAAAGAAAAUUGUCAACUAUGCUCCUGCUUACAGAAUUGAACGGGUUGUCAAUAUCGUUGAUCGACGUAUUGCUGGAUCUCCCGUACGAUACGAAAAGAUAAUCGACAACAUGGACGACUUUGAAUCUUACUGGAGAGAUUUGCAGUAUGUUUGUCUGAAUCAUGAUCUCUCAAGCGUUGAAGAAAAGGAUUUGGCACCUUUACCUGCAGACCCAGUCGAACUUCAGUUCCUCAAGACAGUUCUUAGUCCAGCUAAUUGGAGUACUCGGUCUGUUUUCUCACGGGAACAACGCAAGAUUAUCAACAGCUAUGUCAACAAGGCCAAGUAUACAACCCCACUUUACGACCUACCUACCCUACGAGAAAUCGCAGAAAAGGCAGGCUGCCAAAUCUUUACUUUGCGAUCUUAUUACCAAAAAUUACAAAAGGCUCUGGAUAUCAAAUCAAAGGAUGCUGAGUUGAUCCGUCUUAUACCUCGCGAUAAACCCAUUCGAUCUCGCAAAGUCAAUGCUAAAAACAGACUUGAUACUUACAAUGGCCGUCGUGUGAUUACCAUGAAUUCCACGCGUGCUUUCCGUUUUUCAAGAGCCUAUUUUCAAACCACUAAUUUACCUCAAGUGGAUCCUGAAACAGCUGCUUUGGCUGAAGAAGAAAAGAAGAAGUUUGCAGAGAAGCAAGCCAAAGGUGAAUUACUGUACAUGGAUGACAUGCAAGAAUUGCCUGUAUUGCCUACAAGUACUGCAUUAAGUGACUUGCGCAGAACCCGCGUCAAAAGAACAGUCUGGAAUACACAAGAGGAUGACUUGUUGUUGAUCUCCUCCAUCAUUUUAAGACACAGAAAGGGACGUUUCCAAAGAUUCAGUUGGGCUCCUAUGGGCAAAAUCUUCCCUGAAAGAAGUCUAACAACCAGUAGACACCGUUUUGCUAAAUUAAUGCAAAAGCCUGUAUGUCGAGAGUUUUUUGAGCUUCAAACACAAGUUUGGGAUAAAAUCUAUAAAGAAGGCUUAAAAGCGGGCGAAUUAAGUGAUCCAGAUCCUAAUGAUAACAUAGACUUUGAUUUAAUGGGAUUUGUAACUUAUUUCAUCCAGAAGAUGUCAGAGACCGAUACAAGUGUGGAACAAUUUGUCUUGCCUGCAUCUUUAGAAGACUUUAACACUCACUUCCAAACAACUCGCAAAAUCACUGGAAGCCAACGCUAUUAUGAAGACAUCUUCCAUAGCAGAAAAACAAUGGUUAGAAGACAACAGGCUUUGUAUAGUCAAACAUUCAGUAUUCGUAAAUAUGAGGAGAAACGUUACGAUCAAUCAGAAACUGCUAUCGUGGAAGAAAGCAAUCAGGCAAACAGAAUGAUGAAGAUUCUUAAAACUUAUGCUUUGAUGUGUUUAAUGACACCCUCUGAAGUAUUUGAUCCCUUCUACUGUUAUUCAGUCAUCCAAAAGUUUCCUAAAGAAUUACAAGACCGUGUCCUACUAGAGAUGCGAAAUGAAGGUGUGCUCAUUUUAGCCAGUAACGAUCGACCUAUUCCGGGCACUAAAUUUAGUCUGUCAAAUCGGUUCGUAAAGAGCAUGAAUGGUGCACUUCCCGAAAAACUGUUUCAACAAGCCAAAGAAUAUGAAAAGUUCUUGAGUCAACAAAGCGGCCUAGUGCGUUUUACUUCUGCUUUUACCAGUAGUGGUAUGAUGGCCUGUGUGCUCAAUCUUUUGUCUAACAAUAAGCUUUCUUUGUCUAUGGCUAAUUUUAACGAUUACAUGCAAAAAAUCCAAAAAGCAGAGAGUAAAUCCAGAAUGAUUGAUAAACGCUUUUUGAAGUUUGAUGUUAAUAUUGACUUAAAGGACAAUAGAGAUCAGUUUAUGCCUUAUGUCCCUGUAUUCGAUAAUCCAGAAGCAAGACGCAUGUCCUCUUCCGAAUUUGACGCAGAAUUCCAAACCCUUUUGCAAGGUCAAGAAGAUUCUUUUUCAGAGUUACUUACGGAUAUAAUUGAUUUGUUACACAAACAAGAAGCCGGUUUGGCAUUGCAUCAGCUAAGAAAACAAGUAAACCCUAUUUACACAGACGAUACCAUGUUGCAAGCCAUUCGUAUCCUUUCUACCAAUCGUCCUGCAUUAGUGUGCCGGGUAGGUUUUGAAGCUGUUCGUUAUGUUCAUGCUAUUUACUUGAGAGAUUGGACUAUCUCGACCAAGAUACCACCCACAGAAGUUCACUCUGCUGAACUCAAGGAGGCCAUGGAAAAAGCCAACCAAAACUAUGACCCUUCUAAGCGAAAAGAAUUGAUUGUGCCUAACUUAUGGACAGAUAUCAAUGGCGCAGUAACAGAAAUUGUCGUCAAAGACUGUAAGAAACUACUGGUUGAUAUUAUUUUACGUAAACCUGGUAUUACUGAAGCAGACAUACAUCGACAUGUGAUGAGUGCUCUAAGCAGAAGAGAACUUCAAGACCUCUUGAAUUUCUUGGUUGAACAGCGUGUCUUAAGACAGAUUCGCAUCUCUCUAUCCGGUUCAGUUCCAAAGAAGGCGUCUAUCUUUGGUAAAUCAAAAAUGUCUCGCAUAUUACAAAACAAUGCCAUUGAAGAAGCAACACAAUCUUGCUUUUGGGUUACUCAAGAUGCUUUCUUCUGUAUGGAUUAAAAUAGCUCAACGUAAAUAAAGAUAAAUUACUAUUAACGUCUUUAAGUUAU